GAGUCCAGAAGCGGUACGGCCAUCGACUCGGACGUUCACCAACAGGCUACAGACAGCGUCAGCGACCAUACCCAAGCUCUGCGGGAACCGGCCCCGCACAUCGGUCUUCUCUUUCCAAGCUCUGAGCGCUGAGCAACUGCUCUGGUACUAGCACUCUCCGUCUGGUCUCAUGUCUGGCUUCCGCGGCCCUCCUCGCAAGGGCGAGAACUACGAGCUCAGCGCCGACCUCAACAGUGAGUACAAGGAGAAGCGGAAAGAUGCCAUCAAGAAGGUCAUUGCUAACAUGACCGUGCAGAAGGACGUCAGCGGCCUCUUCCCGGACGUCCUGAAGAACAUGCAGACCGAUGAUCUCGAGCAGAAGAAGCUCGUGUACCUCUACCUGAUGAACUACGCGAAGACGCAACCGGAACUCGUCAUCCUCGCCGUGAACACCUUCGUCAAGGACACCGACGACUCGAACCCGCUCGUACGCGCCCUCGCCAUCCGGACGAUGGGCAUGCUGCGCGCGGAGAAGAUCCUGGACUACAUCUGCGACCCACUCACGAAGUGUCUGCGCGACGAUAACCCGUACGUGCGCAAGACGGCCGCACUCUGUGUCGCGAAGCUAUACGACCUCAAGCCGGAGCUGGUCAUUCAGAACGGGUUUCUGGAGACGCUGCAGGACAUGAUCGCGGACAGCAACCCCAUGGUCGUUGCGAAUACUGUCGCCUCAUUGUCGGACAUCCACGCAGCCGCGAUUCAGGCCGGUUCGUCAAGCGACACCUUUCACAUCAGCUCCACCAUCCUCAACCGACUCCUGGUCGCCUUGAACGAGUGCUCGGAAUGGGGCCGGGUGGAGAUAUUGAACGCACUUGCCCGCUACGAGACCUCAGACGACCGAGAAAGCGAGCACAUCUGUGAGCGUGUCGUGCCGCAGUUCCAACAUGCGAACGCGAGUGUCGUUCUCGCAGCCGUUAAGGUCAUCAUGAUCCACAUGCGCGGCGUAAAGUCAGAAAACGUCAACAAGCAGAUGAUCCGCAAAAUGGCCCCGCCACUCGUAACGCUGCUCUCCAACCCGCCCGAGGUGCAGUGGGUCGCGCUCCGCAACAUCAACCUCCUGCUGCAGAAGCGACCCGACCUGCUGCAGAACGAGAUGCGCGUGUUCUUCUGCAAGUACAACGACCCGCUGUACGUCAAGGUCGAGAAGCUCGAUAUCAUGGUGCGCCUCGCGGGCGACAGCAACGUGGAUGCGCUUCUCAGCGAGUUGAAGGAGUACGCUUCGGAAGUCGACGUCGACUUCGUGCGGAGAAGCAUCAAGGCCAUCGGCCAGACCGCGAUCAAGAUCGACGCUGCGGCAGAGCGGUGUGUGAACGUGUUACUGGAGCUCAUCGGCACACGCGUCAGCUAUGUGGUACAGGAGGGUGUUGUCGUCAUGAAGGACAUCUUCCGAAAAUACCCCUCGACGUAUGAGGGUGUGAUCCCCACCCUUUGUGCAAACCUGGACGAGCUUGACGAACCAGAUGCAAAGGCGUCUCUCAUCUGGAUUAUCGGCGAGUAUGCUAAGAAGAUCGACAACGCAGACGAGCUCCUCGGCAUCUUCGUAGACACGUUCACAGAAGAGUCAUACCCGGUACAACUGCAGACACUGACAGCAGUCGUCAAACUCUUCCUGCAGAAGCCGGACGGGUCGCAGGGGCUCGUCCAGCGAGUGUUGAACACUGCUACGAAAGACUGCGAUUCGCCGGACGUCCGUGAUCGCGCAUACAUCUACUGGCGACUAUUGUCGACAGACCCGGGUGCAGCGAAGGCCGUGGUCCUCGCACAUCGACCUCCGAUCUCACUGCCAAGGACGACAGUCUCCCCGCAACUUCUGGAAGAGCUCCUGGGCGAAGUAUCCAGCCUUGCGAGCGUGUACCACAAACCGGAAGAGACCUUCGUCGGGCGGGGGCGUAUCGGCAUCGAUACUGUACAGCGCAAAGGGGCCGACCUCGCCGACGACCGCGCCGCCGCACAAAAAGCGCUCCAAACCGUGGCGAUCGGCCAGCAAGCCGAGAACCUGCUCGACUUCGACGCGGACGGCGCCGAUGACGGGCAGCAACCGUCGGGUCUCGCCGCGACGACAAUGCUCACGUCGACACCGGCCGCGGCGAACCUGCUGGCGGGCACGUCGAGCAACCCGCUCGACGACCUCGUGUCGAUAUUUGGGAGCGCGAGCCUCAGCGUGCCCACGGCGCAGCCGCAGAGCGCAGCGCCGCUCGGAGGGUUCGGGUUCGGCGGGGGUGCGAUGUCGCUGAUGCCGCCGCAGACGCCGUCGGUGUUGCAGGCGGCGUCUCCGCCGACGCAGCAGUCGGGGCAGGAGGAUCUGUUGGGUUUGUUCUAGAGUCGGGCUUUGUAUCAGAAGUGUGCGUCACGGUGGAUGUACGUAUAACGGUUGUAUCGCUUUGCUUUUCUUCUGGUCCCUGGAGUUGGUUGGAACGGGAUGCCGACCACUCUGCAAGUCUGCUCUCGCGAUGCUGUUAAUUUAUGCAGCCCGACAACGACUGCUACGACUGUGAGUGUGCCCAACUCAUCCUACGUAUAUGCGCGUGAGUGAGAUACAGUUCUCGUCGUCAGGGAGCGCUUGUGCAUUAGCAUAUCGUUUUAUAUAUACCUUAGUACCAUACAAGAAACGUAUGCGCAGG